AUGCUUCGGCUGGUGCUACGGCUUUUCUUCCUUCUCGCAUUUCUGAGUAUUCAAGUUAAAUGCGUUGGCUUUGCUGAAGAAUUAUAUUGUGGUCUUGAAAAUUGUUAUGAUGUAUUGAAUGUUAAUCGCGAUGAGUUCGACAAAGCCACUUUAUCGAAGUUGUACAGAACAGCUGCGAAAAAGCACCAUCCUGAUCGUGUUAGAACGACGGAUCCGAAAUUGAAAGAAGAGGCAGAAGCGAAAUUUCGUUUGAUUGCCACCGCCUAUGAAACUUUAAAAGAUGAUGAAGUUCGAGAAGAAUAUAAUUAUUAUUUGGAUCAUCCCGAAGAACGCUUCUAUAACUACUAUCAAUACUACAGGAGACGCGUGGCUCCAAAAGUUGAUGUUCGUUUGGUGAUUCUCGGCACAAUUGUUGCUAUUUCGAUUUUUCAGUACUGGUCAGCAAAAAGUAAAUAUGCCGAAGCGCUAGGUUAUGCACUAACUGUGGGAAAAUUCCGAAAUCAAGCUAUCGCUGAAGGAAUAAAAAGAGGAGAAUUAGACCAAGAAAAGAAUGGAAAGCUCAAGAAGAUCAAAGGUCGAGAUAACGAAAUGGCGAUAAGGAAAAUAAUCGAAGAAAACAUGGAUGUCCGUGGCGGUUACAAACGUGAAUCGAUUUACGACACUCUUAUUUGGCACAUUGUUAAACUUCCACUCACAACCUACCACUACAGUAUCUGGUAUGCGAAAUGGUGUUUCAAAUAUUGGCUACGAUUGGAAGAAUAUGAUACGGAAGCCAAAUUAUACUUGAUCCGCAAAAAUAUGGGAAUGGGUGAAGGACAGUUUGCCUGUUUGACUGAUGUGGAACAUGAAGAAAUGCUCGAGAAUGAAUUGUGGAAAAAAGAAAAGUUCAACGUUUGGAAAAAGGAAAAAGACCAAGAAGAGCGAGAAAAAUUGGCGAAAAGCGGAAAGUACAAGCGUUAUCGUCGAUGGUUGAAGAAUAACGAGGGUAAUACGAUUUCGUUCCUGGACGAGGAGUAUGAUAUGGAUAGCUCUUUGAAGCGACUCAAUGAGGUUUCGCCACUCACGGCCGCAUCUCCGGCUUCUAGGCGACCAACCAAAAAGAUGACUGGCGACAACAAUCUGGAUGCCACUACCAUGAACGAGACGCAGUUCCAGGCCGAUGUCACCGCGGAAGCAAGCAUUGUCAGCGAACCGUCGACUCCAGUCUCUAGGCAGCCAACAAAGAAGAUGACUGGCGACACCAAUCUUGAUGCCACUGCAUUGGUGGGCGACGCAGAAGAACGACAAGUCAACGAGACGCAGGGGGCUGAUAUGGACAUUUCGCUUCAACCGAUGAACAAAACUCUCGAUCUCUUCGCCAAAGCUCCCGUCGGUCUGCCGUUUCAAUGGUCUCCAAUCCUUCUGAAAGUGAGCGAAACUGAUGGAUCCAACGCCGGCAUUGAUAGCACCGAUAGCAGUGAUACGCUUCUCGAGGACGACGAUAUUGAACAUGGAGACGCUGACGGUAGCCGCAAAAAGCAUCUCAAGUAUUCUGACUCAAUGAUUUCGUUCAUGGAAAAGGAACACGCCAUCAAUGACGAACAAGUUCACGAACUGGAGGCGACAAUUAAAGCCAGGGAAGAGGAGUUAUGCGCUAUCAAAGUUGAACUCGAGCAUACAAAGAAGAAGCUUGAGGAGGAGCGAGUGCUAAGCGAAGAUCUGCGCUCAAACAACCAUCGCUUGAAAGAAAACUUGAUGGAGCAAGAUUUGCGUCUUGACAAAUUGAAACUCGUCGAAGAUGAGACGCCGUCUCUGGUUCAAGCCAUAAAAGAAGCUAACGGGCCACUCAAUGACCUUGCAAAAGAACUUGAUGGUGCGAAACAGGAGUGCAUGUCUUUAAAUGAAGAGUUGACUAUCCGCGGCAAGGAUUUGACCAAGGCACAAGAGGAUUUGGAGCAGCUUCGCAAUGCGUAUGCAACACUGGCCGCUGAAAACACUCGUCUUCACGAGGAAGCAACUGCACACGGCAGAGUUGUUGAGGAAAGAGAGCUAGAGCUGUCUUUGCGCAACCAAGAACUUGUUGAAAGUCAACAGCAAUUUCAAGAACAGAAUGCCUUACACCUUCAAUUAAUUGCAAAUUGUGAUGAACUCAAGCAAAAAGCCGCAUCUUUUGACGCUGCCAUUGAAGCAAAGGCUGUAGAGAUCAAUCUUCGAGACAAAGAAAUGGCUGAGGCAAAGGAACAUUUGGAACAACUUCGCAAGGAAAAUACAACACUGGCCGCUGAAAAUACUCGUCUACAAGAUGAAGCAAUUGCACAUACCAGAGUUGUUGAAGAAACGGGUCUAGAGCUGUCUUUGCGCAACCAAGAACUUGUUGAAAGUCAACAACAAUUUCAAGAACUGAACACCUUACACCUUCAAUUAAUUGCAAAUUGUGAUGAACUCCAGCAAAAAGCUGCAUCUUUUGACGCUGCCAUUGAAGCAAAGGCUAUAGAGAUCAAUCUUCGAGACAAAGAAAUGGCUGAGGCAAAAGAACAUUUGGAGCAACUUCGCAAGGAAAAUACAACACUGGCCGCUGAAAAUACUCGUCUACAAGAUGAAGCAAUUGCACAUACCAGAGUUGUUGAGGAAAAAGAGUUAGAGCUGUCUUUGCGCAACCAAGAACUUGUUGAAAGUCAACAGCGACUCCAAGAACAGAAUGCCUUGCACCUUCAAUUAAUUGCAAAUUGUGAUGAACUCAAGCAAAAAGCUGCAUCUUUUGACGCUGCCAUUGAAGCAAAGGCUGUAGAGAUCAAUCUUCGAGACAAAGAAAUGGCUGAGGCAAAAGAACAUUUGGAGCAACUUCGCGAGGAAAAUACAACACUGGCCGCUGAAAAUACUCGUCUACAAGAUGAAGCAAUUGCACAUACCAGAGUUGUUGAGGAAAAAGAGUUAGAGUUGUCGUUGCGGAAUCAGGCACUUUUGGAAAGCCAACAACAGCUACAAGCCUUCAAUCUCCAAUUGGCUUCAAAAUACGAUGAAUUCAAGCAAAAAGCCGAAUCCUUUGACGCUGUUCUUGAAGCAAAGGCUAUGGAGAUUGAUUUCCGCAACAAAGAGCUAGCCGAGUCACAUGAACUUUUGGAGCAACUUCGCAGUGCAAAUGCAACGCUGCUCACUGAAAACGCUCGUCUCCACCAGGAAGCAACAACUGCACGCAGCAAAAUUGUUGAGGAAACGGACCAAGAACUAUCUCUGCGAAACCAAGAACUCGUGGAAAAUCAAAAACAGAUCCAAGCACUGACUGCCUUGAACCUUCAACUGGUUGCAAAUUGUGACGAAUUUAAACAAAAAGCUGAAGCCAUUGACGCUGCCCUUGAAGCAAAGAAUGCUGAGAUUGAACGGUUGAAUAUUUUAUGCGACGAAUUUGAUGAUCUCGAAGGCAAGUAUCGAGCAUCUAUCAGGGAGCUCCAACAACAGCUCGGUGUCAUCAAGCCUUUGAAAACUACCGAUGCUCCUGGCUUAUUAGCUGUGAUCAAAGAAGGAACUCGGGCAUUAACACCUCUGUGUGAUAGUCAAAAAGAAAACCAGAAACCAUCCUCGACGGCAUCACCGCGAAAUUUUGAAAGUCCGGAGCCAUCAAAUGUUAACGAAACAAUGCCAAUUGAAGGGUUUGGCUCAACUCCGCUCACGCCAUCAAAUAAAACUACGAUGAUUGCCAAUGAAACCAAGUUGAAGACCCCCGGUCAGUCAUGCCACGAUCAGCGUGGAGCACCUUCAACGCCUGGAAAUACAACUCGCGGAUGCACCCAGCAA